GAGAGCGAUACGUGAGUGAUUCUCUCAAUUUUCUCCGGAUUCAAUCCCUGAAAAGAGCACAUUUGGAUGCACAUUGCGGGGCAGCUAAAUAAAACAGCUGAGCAAGUAAAAGCCCGCUGGAGGAGCCUCCGGGAUCGUUUUGGCAGUUUGAAACGCAAACUGGCGGAAGAUUCACGAUCGGGAGCUGGGGGUAGCUCGAGUCCGGGAUGGCCGCUGUAUAAGGAACUAUUGUUCCUUGGCGCACAUAUGGAAGCAAGACCAUCAUGUUCCAACUACGCUGCUCCUGGUUCUUCCGGUUCUUCCCAGUCUUGUUCUCAGGCCAACUCAGAAGUUGAUGCUGCGGAACAGGAGGAAGACGGCGAGGAGAAUAUGCUUGACACCAGCGCUACCACUCCUGUCGGAAGCACACCAUCAGGGCAUCGUCAGCGCCGCCGGAAACUUGACGACGGCGUAGAAAUGCAAAUGCAAAGCAUCCUUGCGUCCGUACAAGAGCGGGUCGAUGGAUGGGGAGCGAAGCGACCGAGGCACGAGCGGUUUGCAUCGUACUUGGCAGCGCAAAUGGAACAGCUUCCGCUGCAGGUGGCCCGAUCGCUAGAAGUUGAGUUCAUCGGAAAGGUGAAUAGCCUCAUUGAUGAGUGCGAGGCGCUUCAAUACGAACCAAGCGAUGAAAAUUCAGUUCAAGACAACUAAUGAUCUAAAAAUUUCCGAUUACAUAUUUUCU